GUUGAUGAUCAAGAAGAGGAUGAAGAGAUGGAAAUUGGAGGUAGCUCACGCACCAUGACGAGGAAGAAGGCCCCUGCUCCAAAGAGGAUGAAAGGUCCUUUAGAUGUUUAUCUUAGCCAACCUAGUUCUCAAACUCAUGAAGUAUUGAAGGGAAGAAAAGAAAGAAAAGGAGUCUUUGGUGCUAGUGACAAGUUAUGUAGGGAAAGAGCUUGUAAAGCAAUUGCAAGGUUCUUUUAUGACAAUGCUAUUCCUUUCCAUCCGGCCACUAGUGAUAGUUUCAAGAACAUGGUUGAAGAAAUUGGACAAUAUGGUCCCGGAUUGGAACCACCGAGCAUGUAUGAGCUAAGAGUUCCUUUUCUUCAAAAGGAAGUGGAAGUCACGGACACCAAAGUGUUGGAGUUCAAGAAAGAAUGGGCCACAAAGGGAUGUUCUAUUUUAUCCGAUGGAUGGCGUGAUUCGGUGGUGCAAAAGGAUAUUGUGAACUUCCUUGUCAAUUCUCCAAAAGGGUCCGUGUUCAUCAAAUCGGUGGAAGUAUCCGAAGUUGUGAAAGAUGCAAUCACUUUGUUUCAAAUGCUUGAUUCUAUUGUUGAGGAAGUUGGAGAGGCAAAUGUUGUGCAAGUGGUGACGGAUAAUGCAUCUAACUAUGUCAAAGCGGGGAAAUUGCUUAUGACAAAAAGACCACAUCUUUAUUGGACUCCAUGUGCCGCACAUUGCGUGGACUUAAUGUUGGAGGAUAUUGGAAAGCUUCCAAAGAUCAAGAAUGCCCUCAAGAAGGCGAUCUUCAUGAAUGGUUAUAUAUAUAACCACGUCGCCGUUGUCAACAUGAUGAGAAGAUUCACAAAUCAAAGGAAUUUGCAUCGACCGACGGUCACAAGGUUUGCAACUUCCUUUAUCACUCUUGCACAAUAUCAUAAGCAAAAGAACAACUUGAGGAAGAUGGUGACUUCGGAAGAGUGGAAUGCUUCAAAGUGGGCAAAGGAAGCGGGGGGAAAGAAGGUGACAGCUUAUAUUUUGCAAGACACAUUUUGGAGGAAUGUGUUGUAUGCUCUUAAGUUGGGAGGUCCUCUUGUGACGGUACUUCGGAUGGUUGAUGGGGAUAAAAAACCGGCCAUGGGGUACAUUUAUGAAGCUAUGGAUAGAGCUAAGGAGGCUAUUGCUAAGAGUUUUGGUCACAAGGAGGAGCAUUACAAAGAAGCGUUUGGGAUCAUUGAUAAAAGAUGGGAUUGCCAACUUCACCGUCCUUUACAUGCGGCCGGAUACUUUCUUAAUCCGGAAAUCUAUUAUGAUAAUCCGGAUCAAGUGAGUUGCCAAGAGAUUGAGCAAGGCUUGUAUGAAUGCAUUCAAAGGUUGAUUCCCAAUGAACCAACUCAAGACAAGGUCAUGGCUGAGUUGGAUGCCUACAAAAAUGCAGAUGGUCUAUUUGGCAAUGCAAUGGCAAUUAGACAUAGAAAGGUCAAAUCACCAGCGAAUUGGUGGUCUUGUUAUGGAUCUUCAAGUCUCAACCUCAAAUCAUUUGCGAUAAAAGUUCUUAGCCUCACUUGUAGUGCUACCGGAUGUGAGAGAAAUUGGAGUGUCUUUGAUCAUCUUCAUACCAAGAAGAGAAACCGAUUGGCACAAGAUCGGCUCAAUAAAUUGGUUUAUGUGAAGUACAAUCGCACUUUGGAAAGGCGAUACAAGAGGAAAGACACAAUAGAUCAUAUUCUAUUAGAAGAGAUUGAUGAUAGCAAUGAAUGGUUGGUUGGACAUAUGGAUGGGGAAUCUUCUAAUGAAGAUGAUCUUGUGUUUGAGGAUGGUGAUUUGACAUGGAAUGUCGUUAGUAAGGCUUCGGGAGCUAAUGAUCCUAUUUAUAGCACUAGACGGGCAUCUAGAGUUGAUAAAGGAAAGAGUGUAGUUGCUUCAAGUUCGAGAAGGCUUUUAGAUGAGGAUGAAGAUGCGGAUGAGGAGAGGGAAGUGAAUGAGAUGGAAGAGGACAUUGGUGAAGAUGGGGAUGACGCAUUUGAGGAUGGACUUGAGGAUGAUGAUUUUUGAUUACUUGUUUGAUAUUUGAUCAUACUUUUAGACUUGCGUAUUUUAAAACUUAAGUAUUUGUGUGUUUUGGAUUAA